GCUUCCUUUGUUCUGUCAACCCCCGCAACGGUUUCCCCAACCAAGACACAAAACCAUCGGAUAACAGCUACCAUCUCGAGAAUUGGAAUCGUUCAUCAAGGUGUGGCUGUGGCUUCAUAGCCCCACCUAGCGAUCGAGUUCUUCAAACAUAAGACAGCUCUUCUCAGCAACAUCUCAAUUCUUACAACAGUUUGGCUACUGAUUCCUAACUACCAUGCCUGCACGGUACGGUUUGCUUCUGGCCCUGGCUGUUCCUCCGGCGGCGGUGGCCUACGGUGGGCACCGAUAUCUCACCGUCCUGGAGACAAAGUACCCGGCUAGACCGCCCAGUUCAUCAGGCAGCGUUGCUCUGGGCAUUCCCUCGAAUCCAUCAACCCAACAUUGUGCCUAUGUUGAUAUCUACUCGGCUCGGGUGCCUCUCCGAGCCCUACAGGCUCGCUCAAAGCAACUAGGACUCAAUCAAAACCCCAAAACCAAUGCAGAGCUCUCCACAGCUUGGGCUCAAGCCCUGCUCGGAACCCAAAUUUUUCGCGCCGAGUCAGCAAUCAUCGGUCUUUUCAGCAGAGGAGGUUUUCAAGCCGGCGAUAUGGGCGAUACGCCCGGCGCGUUCUUCCCUGAUCCUGCGACCGGAGCUCCGCGAGAGAUUGUGAAUGGGGCCUUGGUGGUCGAACGACCGCCGGUGAAUGACGAGCCAUAUGGCCUACUGGUUUCGUGGAAGAUUCCAGAUGGGCCGCGCAAAUUCUACGAAAAGAUUUCUCUCUGGGGCUAUCCGUGGCGUUUGAUGUCCGGAGGUCGGCAUGAGAUGAGUGUCUCGGAACCGUUUGACGGUGAGGGCGAGGAGAAAGCACUCGGCCCGUUUGUUGAAGUUCGCUUUGCUUCUGCGCAUGAUUACGAGACUUUUCCGUCAGAGGGUGGCUUAGAAAGUCAGAAGCAACUCCCAUUAUGGUCGGGAAGGCUGCAUCGUGGCUAUGCUCGAUUCUUGCUGGAUGCUGCUGUUCGGGAUUUGGAACGGGAGAAAGCGUCGCAAUGAGGUUGACAAAUGCUUUCAAUGCUGCGACAGGCAUAUUCCAAGCGGGCUCUGAUCUCCACUCAUGAAGCAUUUUCAUCAAAUAUAUUUAUCGCACCACUUCACUUUGCCUCUCAGCUCGUUUGAUAUUGUUUGUAUUCCUGGUCUGGAACCUUCUCCCUCCACAUUUUCUUUCGGGAUACAAUUCGCUGAGGUGUUUGUCACUCCAAACAGAUAAUACGUGAAUUUAUCACAUGGAAUUAAUGAAACUUUUGUGGUCCUUAUUCACCUAUAUCCUUGCAUUUUAUAAUGAAGAUUGUCACUGCGAACCGCGGCUGAGCA